GAUCAGAAAUUGUACGCAUAUAGCCAGAGGACGGAAAACGCAUCACUAGCGUAGCAGUGAAAAAGCAUUCGAUGUCAUAAUUUCCAGCAGCAAUAUGUUGCUUGCGGUAAAGAGACUGCUUUUUCCGAAUAACUAAGAAAAGGAAAUGUGCUGAAAUAUUGUGGUCAGUGGUUUUUCGCGACGGUUUAAGUUCUGGGCUCCUGGUUGGAAGUGCUCUCAGCGGUGAAGAAAAAUUAACCGAGGGCAACUUCUUUAUCGGAUAGACACCAAGGGGCAGGUGGUGAAUUUGCUUAGUUUAGUGAAAAUUCAGUACCCGCAUAAGCCACAUAAUGGCAGGUGAUUUCUCGGGAUGUACCGCCCGCAAGAAGAAUCGUGCCCAAUCGAUCGAGUACAAUCCGGCUAAGAUUGAUAACGGAGAAACCUCGAAGCAGCAGACAAACCCACUGACCACCCGGAGUGGGUUACGGGUGUACAAGAUUGUGAUUCUGGGUGAUGGUGGCGUUGGAAAAUCAGCUGUCACGCUUCAGUUCGUCAGUCACAGCUUUCUGGACUAUCACGAUCCAACGAUUGAGGACUCGUACCAGCAGCAGGCAGUUAUCGAUGGCGAGGCGGCCCUGCUGGAUAUACUGGAUACGGCCGGACAGGUCGAGUUCACUGCCAUGCGGGAUCAGUACAUGCGCUGCGGGGAAGGUUUCAUCAUCUGCUAUUCCGUUACCGAUCGGCACAGUUUUCAGGAGGCGUCGGAGUAUCGGAAGCUUAUCGCGAGGGUUCGGCUCACCGAGGACAUUCCGCUGGUGCUGGUUGCCAACAAGCUAGAUCUGCAGUCGCAACGAAAGGUAUCAACGGAGGAAGGAAAGACUUUGGCGAAGCAAUUCGGUUGUCCCUUCUAUGAGACGUCCGCAGCUCUGCGACAUUACAUAGACGAAGCAUUUUUUUCGCUAGUGCGCGAAAUCCGGAGAAAGGAAGAACAACGAGCACUCAACGGUGGUUCAAGUUCCGAAAAAAUCCACUCUCGACGCCGCAGUCGCUGGUGGCGGUUACGUUCGAUAUUCGCCCUCGUAUUCCGCCGACGCAGAAACGUCAAUGGGAAUAUUUAAAAUUAAGGAUCAACUACACCGAGGGCGAACCCUUACACGAACCGUUUGUUAUGUCACUUAAAAUGAUGAUGUGUAACGCGAGCAGUGACAUGAUCCAAUACAAUACAAUAUCAGUAGUGUUAUCACGUAGUUGUGACACAUUUUGUUAUCGUGUGAGGGUUCCAUCCGAAUCCGCAACCAUCUCCGGCGAGAGAGGGUAGCAUGUUUUGUUGUGCUCGUAAUCCGAGCCCUCCCCCCAUCAAUCAGAGUGUUGAACGAUGAGUUAGGUUAAGAUCCAUUAGUAAAUACAUCACGCUUUAGGGGAGAGUGGCUCCAAUUUGGACAAAGAAUUGCGAAACGAUUUCUAGGUUGCAAUGGAGUACUUUUACCGUUCUAGCGUGGCUUUUGGAAGGGUUCUAAUGUAUUGCUUCUCUGCAGUGAUCGAAUGUAUUGAUAUUUAUUAGACUCAGUCCUUGUGUUGGUAUUAAAGUUUUAGUUAGGAAGAGGCAGAAACAACAUGUGUGGAAACUGUUUUCAGUGUACGUUUGAAAAACCUCGCUUAUAUCUUCUAAAUUUGUCUUAAAAUAAACAAAAUGUACAUGAGCGAUUUUCCACUAAUUUAACCUUUUUCUUUAACAUACUAUCGGCUGUUACUUGUUAAAAACUGUUUCACGUGGAUCAACCGGGAGACAAUCUGAUACCUAAUUGUUGGAAUCUGGUGUAACGAAGCUGACGAAGCGCAAACAUUCAUCUACGCAUACGUACCCUCCAAUAAACCCUAUUUUAAAAACAAGACAAAUACGUUAAAAUCAGAAUGGGGUUUUUUCAACUGCGAAAAUGCAAAAGCUAAAAUCGAUCGCUGCAGCGGAAGCAAUAACAAAACAACGUCACAGUAGGCUUAUGAAAUAAUCGACCAAAAAUGCACCAUAGUUGCAAAUAUUUCCACAGUGUUAGGUUACGGUUAUCUAGAGUUGUUGAAUAGUCAGUUAAGAAAUUGUGGCACUUAAAAUGGUUUCGAUUUACCUUGUUUCGAAGCAAAUCGGUAUAAUUAAACGGUCAUCAGCAUCGAGCGUGUUUGAAGGUAAAACAAAGAAACAUGAUUUGAGAGAUCAGUUCGUUAUAGAUUUCAAAUUAUUAUUGUUAAGAAUCUUGAGUGUAUCAAAAAAUCGCAAACAGGUGGACCUUUUUAAAAAAAAGGACAGAUAAGAUGACCAGCUUAGUUCAUAACGUUGAAGUAGGAAAAUCCGCUAAAAUGUAAGUGCAUUACUUUACAAUUAAAAUACUUGGUUUAUACCAAUGACACAGAAAUUGGUUUAAAACCAUAUCAUUGUUGCUGAAAAGAGUUUAUUAACCUUAUUUGUUCAACUUCUGUGUUUCAAUCAUGAAUCUUCCUAUGUUUUCGAACAUAAAAAGCAUUUAAAAACAACUAUCUGUGAUUCAACAAAACAUUUUGUUUCCAUAAAAAUUCUCUUGUCUUUACCAGGAAUCGUUUAUUUAGGAUUAAAAGUUUUAUUUACCAGUCUCCUAAGAUGAAACAAAACAUACCAGUAUUGAACAAACGUCAAACAAGUAUUCACACAGGGUUCCCACAGUAGUUGUAGAGCAUUUCGACUUGCAACUAAACGAUACCAAAAAAUGUCAACCUAAACCAUAGUCUUAUUGAGCUUCCUAUUGCUGCUCACAACUUUCAUACCGCGGUGAAGUGUAUCCAUAAUACGUACACCAUUGUACAUUGAAUCAAUCGAAACAACAAUCAAAAACAUCAAAAAAUCAACCAAAAGGUGAGUAGAUUUCCCGGCAGCACAGACAUCAUACAUUUCCUACGUUGUAUGUAGAUCUAUUGCUCGUGUAUUAGCCUAGCCGUUAAUAUUUAAGUAAACAAAGAAGAAAAAAUCAAGCGGGAGUAGAUAAAAAAGCUCUGUUUUUUGUUGAAAUAGGAAUUCUGCCGUAGAAAAUGUGAACACAGUUAAUUUAUUCGGACUAGGAUGCUAAAGUUUAGUUUUGCUUAGAAAAACUCUAGAAAGAGAACUGCGGAGACUCCAUUUUGGAUCGUUUGGAUUCGCGUUUAGCUGUCAAAAAACGAAUCCAAUCGAACAUUGCCUAUCCUUAUAACAUUGGACGUGUUGCCAUACAAUGCCGGGGCAUACGUUGCCAAAAAUGCUGUUUUUCUCUCCGCAGUUCUCUUACUAUGAGUUUUUCUAGUUUUGCUCGUAGGAGAAACUGGUUUGAAAUGAAAGUGGAUAGAUGCGAGAUAGGGUGAAGUUCCUAUUUUCACCAUACUAAGGAGGGUGCCGCACUAAUACAAUCAAUGAAAUGCGUACAAAUUGGCAUCAACAGCAUUGCUUUGUUGAUAAGAACCAAGAUAAUAACGCAAAUGCGCUGAAAACAGUGAAAUUCUCGUGUUUGAGCGUAACGAAAACUCGAAUCGAGUGCCCCUAUUGUUGCACUACCAUUUGACUCAAUGCGUUGAACAAAGAUGGCAGACGCUGCUCUAACCAACGGCUUCAAAUGGGUAGGGUGACAAUAGAAACAUGGCAAAAAUAUGCUCAACACCCUAUUCGUUUACCGUAAGUUUGAGUGAGCAUGUCGAUGUAUAAAGUACGAUAUACACGAUACGGUAGGUUUCCGUUAUCGGUACAGCAUGUCAAAUGGAACGUCAAAAUUAUUUACAUGCAGUUUAAUGAAGGUACAAUAUCCAAGGCACGGAAUAUUUUGACGUACGAGACAUGUACCCGGACACACACACGAGAAACGCAUUCAAAUUAUCCUGACAGAACGGUGACGUAACGUUGACGGAAGCUGCUGUAUCGUCUGAAUUGGACUUAAGCAAGUAAUCCGCGCAGUGAAAUGUUUUCUCGCGUCUAUUAGCUUCAAUUUCAAAUCAGUUUUUGCGUUCAAUUUGACAGUUGCCGUAGGAUGCGUUCAGAAUUGGUGCGAAAAACUGAACUGAGCUAAAUUUAAGCUACAAAAAAAACAUUUCUACAAAUUAGUGCGAAUAUAUACAAGUUCAAACUGAGCAGAAAAUAGCGAACUUUAUGCUUUUACUCAAACAUCCUCUCGUUAAUUAAUUAUAAAUUGGUUUCUAGCUUUUACCUACUCUACCCCAGCAAGUCCAGUUGGAAAAUGAGCCGGAGUUUUGGCUGGUUAAACUAGUAUUCCGGACCCGGUAACACAAUUAGAAUUAUCUAAUCCAAUUAGAAUCGGUUGUGUCACUGGAACCGCUUGCUAACUAGAGCCAGCCAUAUUCCCGCAUCAUUUUCCGGUAAGACUCAACCGGGACAUUUGGUUCGGCUCAGAGAGAAUAUGGAGAGAGACGUAGAGUGAAAAUCAGUCAAAACGGAAACACUCCCUUUAUGAUGAUUUCAAAACUAGCAUUUUGGCAACCGCUUCCACAGGCUGUACUUUGAAUAUGACUCCUAUUAUUGUUUGUGGCACUAAAAACUGGAUUCUAACCGCACUGCGCACUUACUACUCUUCUAUUAAAUUCUUCUCAUAGACUGGUUAGUUCGACUGGUCUGUCUAUGAAAGUACCAUCUCUAUCACUUGAAAUACAUGUGUUUUGACAGCUCGCAGUUUUCAGUAGCAGUUUGAUCACUCGCACUUUGAAAGUGCGGAGUCCAGGUUGGUGGGAAGUGCGCAAUAUAUUUUGAAAACAAGCCGUGUGGUGAUCGUUGCAAUUCUUUAGCAAAUGAUGUGCAUUUCUAAACAAAGAGAUGAAAUAAUUCUAAAACUUGUUUUUAUUAAUGCACAUACUCUAGAAUGCACCUUACAGUGACGAUUUAACUAAAUUCUGGCGAAAACUUAAAUUUCUUUUUUGAUGGAUGUACAAUAAUUAUCUCCACCAACUUAGGCAUAAGUAAUGUUUAUUUACAUUGCACUAACGACACUGAAUUAGGCAAUCCAUGAGACGUGUCUGAUCAGCUGAUUAUUUCUUGUUUACUUAUUCUGGCGUUACUCCGAGGGGUGCGACGUCCAACAAUAUCGUUGAUUCGAUCCAACAUCAAACGAAUCGGACUAACGAAAGUUGUUUGUCGGACAAGUUUUUCUGUUCGCAGGAGUAGACCUGUUGACAGAACCCACCGCUGAACGUCCAAUGGAUUGCCUAAUCCCUCUGGAUAAAGACUCGACACGUCAAUCAUUUGUUUACCAUUUAUCUGUCAGUGUCAUUCCAAUCGAGCACGAGACCUGUCAAUGUCAUUCCAAUCGAGCAGAAGACUUGUCAAAUGUUGCAAUCUGAUGAAUGAAUUUUGGAAACUAUUGUGAUAGCGAGUUAAAAUAUUUUGAAUAAAUUUCUGAAUCGAAUCUCUAAGGCAAGUUAAAACAUAUAACUUUUAUCAUUACGGUGCCUUCUAAAAGUUGCUUCAACCAUUGCAGCUAUCCGUAAUGUUGCAAUUUUCGGGUAAACCACAGAACGGGACCCAUUCCGCACGAAGGUCGUAGUUUACUGGGAAGUGAAAAAACCAAUAUUAUUAAAACCGCCGGAAGUUUUAUUGGUACAAAACUUCACACAGCACUUCAUGAUGAAAAAAUUAUCGACGUUGCAACUCUGCGGUAACUCUAGUAUAUGAGUCAACUGAAGUUAGCGCUGUGACAGUGGUGCUAGUUUGCAGAAAAUAAUGUUGCCAACCCAUUUUAUUUAGUUGGGAUAAGAUGGCGAGUCUUUAUUCAGUAAUUCAGCGUUUUUACAUUGCACGAUGGGUCUGCUCAAUAAGAUAUUUUUGGCUUCACACUAUUCGUCUCUCUCCCUAUUCUCUCUGGUUCGGUUCAGCUCUUCAUCGCGCCUAUUUUUAAAACGGACUUCGGUUUUCUAGAGAUUAUUUCCGCGUGGCUAGCGACUCUUUUGAAACUGAAAGUAGCUAUAGACGAAAGUGAUUUAAUAAAAAUACGUACAUUGGUUCGUUGUGAAAUAGACAGAAAAACCAUGUUAGAAUGUUGAUUAAAUAAAAAGGGAUAAAAUCAUCCGAAACCCAUCGCAAAGCCAAAUAAUUCAUUCCAAGCAAUAGAGAAAGAUCAACUAAAACAAAUCUGCGUUAUUCAUACAAUGCCAAAAUGAAAAGCAUACAAAGAUGCAAGCUAGCUUUAUAUGAUUAUAUAUUACUAGAAUUUUAGACCAUGUAACAAAUGUGUUUCUUUUCUACACAUGGAUCCAGCAAUAUUUUACACAAACAAAAUAAUAAUUAUGAAGCAACGUGAAAAGUCCCAUCAAUACUAUCGAACAGAAUUCUAGUCUCAAUUUGUCCCAACUUAUUAUUUAACGAAAAAUGACAAUAAUUCCUAAUAGCGAGAAAGAAAAAGAAUCUAAAUAUAUUUAUGUUAUCAAUCAACAUAAUUGCGCUUGUCGAAUGUGUGGACUAGAAUAGGAAUUAUAGUUACACCAGUGGAAAUUCCAUACACGAGCUGAUGACAGUAAAUUAGGAUCAAAUAUUACUGUAACGGAGCACGAAAAUAAAGCGAAUCUAUACCCUAAUGGAACUGUCAGGCUUGAGAGCAUUUUAGUUAAUCACAUCAUUUGGAAAGUUCCGUUUUAGACCCCUAGAAACAUUACAUAUUUUAUCUUUUGAGUUUAAUCUAACAUCAUCGGAUUUGAAGUGUCUUCUUUCGCAAUAAUUCCACAAAUUGAAUUAGUCUUAAGAAAUUGGGACCCACUCGGUAAACUGGACAUACCUAGAAGUGACCUAGUAGGUACAAAUUACCUACUAAUAGAUUCCAAUCCCUAUAAUUGUGAUCUACUUACUUACCUUACCGUUCAGGUUAGAGCCUUUUGUCUCUUGCUGUAUGCAGAAGCCGUCUCCACUCCACUCGGUCCAUUGCUGCUUGUCGCCAGCCUCGCAGUCUUCGAAGGGUCCGUCUUCUAUCUGGCCGAUCCACCGUGCUCGCUAUACGAUCCGUCUUAUUGUUCCUGUAGGGUCGCCCUCAAGAACCAUCUUCACCGGGUCGUCGUCCCGUAUUCUUGCGACGUGUCCAGCCCACCGCAAACGUCCUAUUUUUGCGGUAUGCGCGAUGGAUGGCUCUUCCCGCAGCUGAUGCAACUCAUGGUUCAUUCGCCUGCGCCACGUUCCGUCUUCCAUCUGCACGCCACCAUAGAUGGUACACAACACCUUUCGUUCGAAAACUCCAAGGGCGCGUUGGUCCUCCACGAGCAUAGUCCAGUUCUCGUGGCCGUAGAGGACAACCGGUCUAAUCAGCGUCUUGUAGAUAAUCAACUUCGUGCGGCGGCGAAUUUUAUUCGACCGGAGCGUCCUCCGGAGUCCAAAGUAGGCACUAUUUCCCGCCAAGAUCCGUCUCUGAAUUUCUCUGCUGGUAUUAUUGUCGGCGGUUACCAGUGAGCCCAAAUACACGAAUUCGUCGACCAUCUCGAUUUCGUCACCGUCAAUCCGAACUUGGGAUGGGAGGUCCACAUUGUCGUCUCUAGAACCUCUUCCUCUCAUGUAUUUUGUCUUCGAAACGUUGAUGGCAAGUCCAACCCUGCUGGCUUCAGCAUUCAGUCUGAUGUACGCUUCCGACAUCGCCUCAAAGUACCUCAAGUCGUCGGCGAAGCCAAGAAGCAGGACGGACUUACUGAAGAUCGUGCCACUCGUGUCUAUCCCCGCUCUCCUUAUUACACCUUCUAACGCAAAGUUGAACAGCAUGCACGAUAGACCAUCACCUUGCCGUAACCCUCUUUGAGAUUCAAAGGGACUCGAGAGUGUCCCUGAUACUCGAACAACGCACAUCACCCGAUCCAUCGUCGCGUUGACUAAUCGUGUUAGCUUAUCCGGAAAACCGUACUCGUGAAUUAUCUGCCAUAGCUGAUCUCGAUCGAUUGUGUCAUACGCCGAUUUGAAAUCGACGAACAAAUGAUAGGCACGUUGUAUUCGCGACACUUUUGCAGAACCUGCCGAAUCGCGAAUAUUUGGUCCGUGACUGCGCGGAAACCCAUGAAUUCCGCUUGGUAGUGCCCCACGAACUCCCUUGCAAAUGGUGACAAUCGACAGCAAAGAAUUUGGGAGAGGACCUUGUAGGCGGCGCUAAGUAGUGUGAUCGCGCGGUAGUUGCAGCAAUCCAACUUGUUACCCUUGUUGUAGAUUAGGCAAACGACACCCUCCAUCCACCCCUCCGGAAGAGUCUCCCCCUCCCAAAUUUUGGCGAUUACCCAGUGCAGCGCUCUUGCCAGUGUUUCACCACCAUAUUUUAAUAACUCGCUGGGUAGUUGAUCUACACCAGCAGCUUUGUUGUUUUUCAGCCGACCGAUCUCCUCCUUGACUUCUUUGAGAUCAGGAGCCGGCAGCCUAUCGUCUUCUGCGCGUGUUUCAAGAUCCGUUGUUGCUGCUCGUCCUAGUACUGCUUCCACCUCUCAAUCACCUCACACUCGUUCGUAAAAAGGUUGCCGUCUAAGUCCCUGCACAUAUCGGCUUGCGGAACGUAGCCUUUGCGCGAACUGUUCAGCUUCUCGUAGAACUCCGUGUGUCGUUUACGCGGUACAGUUGCUCCAUCACUUCGCGAUCUCGUUCCUCCUGUUGGCGCUUCUUUCUCCGGAGGACCGAAGUUUGCCUGUUCCGUGCUUGUUUGUAUCGCUCCACAUUCUGUCUCGUUCCGUGCUGCAGCAUCCUCGCCCGUGCUGCAUUCUUCUCCUCUAUUAACUGUUUACAUUCGUCAUCGAACCAGUCGUUUCCUCGAUUCGGAAUCGCUGUACCUAGUGCCGCUAUAGCAGUACUGCCUAUGGCGGAACGGAUCUCCCUUCAGCUAUCUUUACGAGUAGUUGCGCCCAGCUGUUCUUCCGUGGGUAGUGCUGCUGCCAGCCGCUGUGCGUAGUCUUGGGCAACCCCGGCGUCCCAAAGUUGCGCGAUGUUGGGCCUUGGCGCCCGACGACGACGAGUGUUGUACACCGACGAGAGUUUUGAGCGCAUGUAUACUGCAACUAGGUAAUGGUUUGAAUCCAUAUUCGCACUGCGGUAGGUACGAAUGUUGGUGAUAUUAGAGAAGAAUCGCCCGUCGAUUAGAACGAUUUGGUUUUCGGUGCGUUGGUCAGGUUAUCUCCAGGUGGCUUUGUGGAUAUCUUUGCGGGGGAAGAAGGUACUUCGGACUACCAUGCCACGGGAGGCUGCGAAGCUCACGCAUCGUUGGCCGUUGUCAUUCGAUACGGUAUGUAAGCUGUUUGGCCCGAAAACCGGUCUAAACAUUACCUCUCGUCCUACCUGAGCGUUCAUAUCACCGAUGACGAUUUUCACGUCCCGUUGCGAACAGCCGUCGUACACCUCCUCCAGCUUCGCAUAGAAUGCUUCCUUCUCCUCGUCGGGUCUCCUAUCGUGUGGGCAGUGUACGUUGAUGAUUCUGUAGUUGCAGAAACGGCCUUUGAUCCUCAACUUGCACAUCCUUACGUUGAUCGGAGUCCAUCCAAUCACGCAUUGACGUAUCCUACCCAGCAUUACAAAGCCGAUUCCCAGCUCGUUGGUGGUGCCACAGCUCUGGUAGAAAGUAGCCGCCCGAUGCCCGCUUUUCCAUACCUGUUAUCCUGUCAAGCAAAGUUCCUGCAGUGCUACGACUUCAAAGUUACGUGGUUGGAGUUCGUCGUAGAUUAUCCUGUCGAAAGCUGUUAUCUAGUUCUAGGUAAAUUCCGUUAAGAUUUCAUUAACAAUUAGGUACCAAAUUUUAGGUAGAUUCAAGUUAACUACUGCUAAGUAUAGGCAGCAGAGUUGCUCGCGGUCGUAAGGCAAAAUUAUUGAAACUAGCGGGCACAUUUUCGAGUUCCUUUUAUUAUCCCAAAUUUCAAAGUUUGGUAGCAGUUGGUUGUUCUCCGGGUUUGCGCAUUACGUUGAAGGUUUUAUGGGCUUUUAUAUGGGAAAAGUAAUAAUUUUGCAUUUGUGUGUAUAAGUAUCGCUAUUGCACUCAAUAUGAAGAACUAGCUUUAUAAAGCUAUAGUUAAAACCUCCAUGAAGGAGCAAAUUGUUUAAAACCACCUUUGCGCGUGAAGAGCACAAAACCGGAUUACGGUCAAGAAACUGUCUUUAUUGUUCCCUGUCAUCUUGGUGAAGAUGCUUCUGGUAGCUUCUUUUAAUGCGCUGGAGGACAGUAUUGCAGGUUUAACUUUUGCCGAUUGUUUAGCAGGUGUUACUGGUUGGAGCAAACUUUGUGUUGAAGUUUCUGUGUUUGUUUUUGUUGUUAACAUUGUUUUGAAUUGGGUACUCCCCCGCAAGGUUUUCUGUACUAUGCUGAUUGUUUAGAAUACUGAUACGUGGAGAACUGAUUGUCAUAUGUACACAGCGUGGUUUGAGUAUACGCAGAUUUAGGUUCCAGGGUAAAGAAGGAAGGAAUGAAGCGUUUCAACUGCAUUCUCAACCCUCCAGCACCGUGGAAAAUACCAGCUGAAAUUUUUUUCCAUUCUUUUUGAAGGAGAAAACGUUACUUUAUUGCGACAAAACAGUUUAAAUAGCGGCAUCGGGUGACAGAGACAGAUAGUAUAGUUUUACUUCAACUGCAUUAUCUUAGGGUGAUCAGAGAUCCUUGUUUUUAAUUGACUGCCCUGUUGUCGGGAACUCGAGCAAAACGGUUGAUUGGUUACCGUUUUUUCUCCUCUAAGUAUACUACAAUUUUCACGGUGCUUUCGCUUCCCGCACGACCAAAUGUGUACCUCAAUCUGAAAUCUGCUAAAUGGACCCGUUCCAAUGACUUUUCCACAUAGCUGUCAAUAACCGACACGACAAUGGAAUUACGAUUACCUAUUUUAAUUUGCGAGUUUAUUACUAAAGUUUGGUCAAAAACAUUGUGCUGAAUUCGAAUUUUCAGUGCUGUCUCUUGUCAGUUAACUUGUCAGUUGGGAGGGUGAAAUUAUGUGAAAAAAAUCAGGGACCCCUGGGGUGAUUUCUUUUUGAUAUUUGCUUCUAUUAAACGCUCCAUUUCGAUCCCUUUCUCCGUUGGAUACCACCAAAAAAGCUGAAUUGAAUGGUAUGUGAAACUCGGCCCUCCGGGCUUCGGUUAGAAGUCCAAGUUCAGAGCAAUUGAAUUGAGAAAGGUAAAAAAUAAAUCGGCUUUCAUCUACUUAGUAAUCGGAUUUCUUCUUGGGUGAAUAUAAUUAGUUCUUGAUUUUUUCUUUGAUCACCAUUUAUAGCGUAGUGAAAGCAUGGCAGCGAAGCUCCAAAAGCACUUGUUAUGACUGUAUAGAAAAGAUGAUAGAUGCGUUCUUGAGUUGAUUCCCUUUGAGUGAUCCUUUUAUGGUAUCCUUCCUCCUUGAUGUUUGUUUAGAUUUUGCUUUGCCUCUAGUUUUAACUAGAAAGUACUCAAAAAGAAUGAGAGACGAAGUUCUUUACUACGUGUUCGUUGAUCCCAGCUUACUAACUUAAAGAUGCAACCAGUCACAACAUUUUAGUCGCUCUCUGAGUUUGCUUCUACUGGAUGCAGCAAUAGGUUUGUUGUGUGAACAUAGCCUGAUAGGAAAAAUGAUAGAUACUUAUUUGAUUAAUGACUAAUAUGUGAUUUUACUGCAAAUGGCAUCCAUUUGAAAGAGACGACAAAUCACAACCAUGUUAUAAAUACACGAAUUUCGGUUCAAAUCGUUGUGAAAUUAACCAGCAUCUCUAUAAAUCCAAUUUUUCUACUUUUGGAGUUCAUUUCUUUUACCUGAUUUCAGUUCUUCUUCAUCUUGAGGUUCCGCUUGACGAUUUUUCAAUACAUAUUCUUCCAUUGGUCGGAGCUCUAGCGUGUUGGAGAGGGAGAAUUCAUGUCAUUGGGCAUCACCUGGACCUUGCUCGCGGCCUUUUUUCCGUAAUGGCAAAAUGCCAAUUUCAGCCAAAACAGAACUUGCUUGAAGAAAAUCAACGGACAUUUUUCCAGGCACUUCUGCACAUAUAUUUCCUGGUUGAUGCUCCCGGUUACAAUGUAAAUGUCACUCUUCAAGUCAAAAGAACAGAUGGCGUGCCAAACGAGAUAUUUCUUUUCGAAAUUGGACAAUUCUAUGUAUUUGAAAGUCUCUGCCAUCUUUGCCAUAUGAUACUCCUGUUCAAGAAACUGUUUAAAGUCUGCCGUGACAUUGGUUUCGUCAUCCUGUAUCUCGCAAUCAAACUUAGUCAGCAUCUUCAGCUUUCCCGAUCGUUCUCUAACCGGCUUGUUUUGCUUCUCGUCACGAUUUGGAGCCACCACCUUCUCAUAAGUCGACAGUUCAGCUCGAUGCAUGAUUGUAAACGACACUCCUUGCUUGAUGGCGACAUCUCGGACGGAGAGGUUGCGGUUCCGUUUGGAACCACUGGCAACUCUUUUCGUCGUUUUUGCGACCGCCUGCUUUCGAUUUACUCCCGAUCCAGUCUUCCUUGCUGACGACAAAUGCUUUACUAACACUUUUACUACAUCGAUGACAGUUGAUUUGGCCACAUUUAACAAUUCGACACAGAUCUUUCAUUAGCGUCUAAGUCGCAAUGUACUCAAAUGGAGAAAAAUCAGUUUCAAUAUUCGGCGAUGCUUUUCUAAAUGUAGUUUUUAUUGUAGGUAUAAAUUACUUUAUGACCAUGUUUUUUCCGGAAGCAUCUUUGGUUAAACUUUAUGACAAUAUAACAAAGAAUUUAAUUCCUAUGUGCUUUUAGUGGGUAGAAACUAAAAAAAUGCUUACGCCUAAUUUGCAUCCCAGUCGUGAUUUCGCCCUUCAGCAACCACCAUUUGCGAAAGGGCUAAACCGUUUACAUAAUUUUCGGAAGGGCGCGGUAAAUGGGCUAAACUGACUUUGUCUUGUUGGGUAGGGCUGGGUAAAUGGACGAGCUUGACAGUAUACUUUUUAAUAGGGCUCAGCAAAUGGGCGCAUAGAAACCCAAUAUAAAUAAAAGGGCGCGUGCAUCUUUUCUUUAAAUUUCAUGAAAAUAUCGAAAUAUUCGAAUGUUUAUGUGCAACAACUAUCGAGUAGACAUGAUCAUAGAAGAUAUUGCUUAUCAUUUAUAUAAUAGAACCGCCGUUUAAAGAAUAAUUUUGUGAAUAAUAAUCGUACGCCCGAUUCUGUAAAAAAAAUGUAAGUUUAGCCUUUAUCUUCCAUAUGAGAAUAAGGGCCUAAGUCGAAAUCUCGAAGAAAAUGCAUGUUUCGCCGUUUUGUUUUCUUUAAUUAUAAAUCGAACUAAAAACCAUUUUAACUAAUUUUCACCUCAAUCUUGUAGUAUUUUUGUCGCAUAAUGUCAUAAUAGCGAAAUCGCAGUUUGUUUACAUUUGCGAUUUAAGCCCUAAUGAAAGAUCGAUGUCGAAUUUCGCAAACUCGGCGAUUUUUCCGUUUUGCUCUAUUGCUUCGAUGCCAUUUUCGCAACUGAAGGGCAAAUGUCAAAACCAAGCAGUAGAAUUGAUCCUACAUUUUUAAAAUGACAGUCACAGAAAAUAAAAUGCUUUUAUUUCCUGUGACUGUCUCAUUUCACUGCGCACUCAUAGGUAACUAUACUAUACUGCUUUUGCAUUGGAUAGUAAGUGGCAUUGAUCGCUUUCUUCACUCUUAGCUAUCUCGAAGCAAUAGGGAUCAAUAAGUUUAUAAAGAAAAUCAAGAUUUUAGUACUCCCUCAGUCCGACGCCCUUGACUAUUGCCAGCUGCACGCUACGGAACUGUACUGGUGAAAUGAAAUUGUGGAAGCUGUGGCAUUCGAAGAUAAGCUCAGAAUUAUAAUGUCUAUCAAAAGAGAAUAAAUGACAUUACUGACGUAAAAUAUUUUAUAAAAGACUACCGCAUCCACAUGCCCGCCCACAAAGUUGAGAUCGACGGUCAUCGAUUCGAGUUCGUCUGGCGUAGAUCUACUGUAGUACGGGGUUCACUGUUACUAGGACUCCUUGCUCCAGUGAACGAAGAUUUAGAAUGGCGAGGGCACAAAAAAUUUUAGGAUUGGGAAUGCUAAAAACGUGCCUAUUGUGGGGAGAAUCUACAUGAGAUAAAGAGAGCGAUAGAGUUUGCAAUCACUUUCGCCAUUUUUUCAAUUUAAAGUUUUCAUUUCGUGCAACUUAAACAUGUUCGAUAUUUAUUUUUUAU